AUGGGUCAAUCCAUGUCAUGGGUGUCCAGCCUGCUGUGGGCAAAGAAGGAGAUCAGAAUCCUGAUCCUCGGUCUUGAUAACGCUGGAAAGACCACUCUGCUAUACCGCUUGAAGAUUGGCGAAGUUGUCACAACGAUACCUACCAUCGGUUUCAACGUCGAAUCCGUAACUUAUAAGAACUUAAAUUUCAAUGUCUGGGAUCUGGGUGGCCAGACCAGCAUCCGCCCCUACUGGCGGUGCUACUACGCCAACACAGCCGCCGUCAUCUUCGUCGUCGACUCGACCGACAUCGAGCGCCUGCAGACCGCCGCCGACGAGCUGUCCGCCAUGCUGAACGAGGAGGAGCUCAAGGACGCCGCCCUGCUGGUCUUCGCCAACAAGCAGGACCAGCCGGGCGCCAAGGGCGCCGGCGAGAUCUCCGAGGCCCUCCGCCUCGGCGAGCUGCGGGACCGCAACUGGAGCAUCAUGGCGUGCUCUGCCGUCGACGGCAGCGGUGUGAAUGAGGGCAUGGACUGGCUUGUGACGACGGUCAACCAGGAGUAA